ACCACACCGCGCGCUCAUCAUUAGCCUCGUCGGAGAGAAAGCCUCACCCUCGCGGGCCGGAGAGUGAGGGAUCGACGAAGGCGCCCCGUACGUCGGGCCAGCAUAUAUAUACUCAGAAGCCGGAGGAGGACGGUGGAGGCGCCACCACCACCACCACCCUUCGCCAUGCAGGACCAGGCCGCCCCCGUCCCAUGGUCCACCGACCUCUUUGACUGCUUCGACGACAGCAGCAACUGUUUUAUGACGUGGUUGUGCCCGUGCAUCACGUUCGGGCAGAUCGCGGAGAUCGUCGACCGGGGGUCGUCGUCGUGCGGGACGAGCGGGUCGCUGUACGCGCUGGUGUUUCUCGUCACGGGCUGCAGCUGUAUCUACUCCUGCAUCUACCGCUCCAAGCUGCGGUCCCAGUACGGCCUGCAGGAGACGCCCUGCCCCGACUGCCUCGUCCACUUGUGGUGCGAGCCCUGCGCCCUCUGCCAGGAGUACCGCGAGCUCAAGAAGCGCGGCUUCGACAUGAGCCUCGGUAACAGGAAGUUUAACAGAUGGCACGCAAACAUGGAGAAGCAAGGGCAAAACCCGGCGGCGACCAUGGCGCCGGAGAUGUACCCUGGGAUGACACGCUGAUCGAUCGGCUAAUCAGUGGGUGAUGCUGGCUGCUGCCCUGCUCGGUCGUUGUCUUCUCUGCUAGAGAUGGGCAGGACAGGGCAGGGCAGGGCAGCUUACUACGUGCCUACAUACGAGCGAGAUUUCUCUUGCGGGUUUGCACCAAAACAAUACAAAAGGUCUAUAACUAUAGUACGCGUAAUGCAAUCUGCUAGAAGAAUUUGAUGGUUCAUAGAUCACGUAGCCAGGCUUAGCAGAUGGGGAACUUGUUCUUGUUGGUUUUCCAAGGUCCCUUUUUAUAUAUACCUACCAGCCGGUAGUUGUAUUAUGCAUGUAUGCAAUUUUCAUUUCUUGAUGUGUAUGCAGUUUCGUAAAGCAUAUGGCAUAUCAAAGAAAUGAUUUCGAUUAUGCCCUUUCUUAAUUCAACCGAAUUCAAUAUAAUACAAAUUUCCACUUUUUGUGCA